AAUUUUUCCAUGAAACAACAAAUUAAAGAAAAGCGUAAGUAGCCGAUACGUACUUGUCUUCAUCAACCUUUCGAGUACAACUUCAAAACUUUAGACCAAUACUCCUCUUAAGAUUUGGUCAAAUGCAUUCAAUAGAUUAAGAACGAUUAAGAAUUGUCCUAAUAUGUGUAGACAAAGGUUGGAAUAAGGAGUGCAAUAAGAAAGCUAAGAGCGAAUUAAUCGAAUUUUUUGGCCUUAAUUUUAAUUUAUGAUUAAUCGUAAAUUGCAAUAUUAUUUCAAGCAUCACAGAUAUUUUGAUACAGGCUUCAACCGUAUUUUGGAAAUAUAAUCAGAAAAUAAUUCUGGCUAAAGAAGAGAUAAGGUAUUUUCCAUUUAAUAGCGUUAUAAGGACACAUUUGUAGAAAAUUAUGAAGAUUGAGAGGAUAAAUUGUAUUUACAUGUUCACUAAAAAGGACAUCGAAUUGCCAGAAGAUGUUAAAUAAAAAAUAUAGAAAAUAACAGAACAAAUGAAUGUUUUUAGAAAAGAGAGUGUUUGUGAAAUACCGAUAAUACUUGGGGAUGGUAUGUAUUGAAGUAAAUUAAGAAUUGAAAUAUCAAACUGUUAAGUUAAAAGUGCCUGAGGAAUAAGAAAUUUAAAGAAAGAGUUUUUAGAAUUAAAAAGGAAAUCCAAAUAAUUAAGAAUAGAAUUAGAAUAAAAAUAGACAAUAAAAGAAUUAAGGUGAAAAAGGAAAUACUAAUUAAUAAAAGAAUUAACAAAAAUAAGCCAAUAAAUUAAACAAUAUUAUUAAUAACGCACCAUUAGAUUAAUGA